AUGGUUACAGGUGGACAAGGAGUCGGCAAUGAGAGACAGAUCAACACGAGAGGUUGUGUAGAAUCUGAAUGUAAUUUGUCAAGUCGAGCAUUUAACUUUUUAUACCGAAGAAUAACGAGAAACCAGGAUGCAUUGACCUAUGAUGAUGUGUAUGUGAACUUCACUCAAGAAGAAUGGUCUUUGCUGAAUCCUUCACAGAAGAGUCUCUACAAAGAUGUGAUGUUGGAGAACUACACAAACCUCAUUGCUGUAGAGAAACGCUACAAAUGCAGUCAAUGUGGUAAAGCCUAUGCAGGACCCCAUACUCUCCAAAUACAUGAAAGAACACAUAGUGGAGAGAAAGCCUAUGAAUGUAAGCAAUGUAGUAAAUCCUUUGCUUCUCAUGGUCAACUUCGAAAACAUGAAAGAAUUCAUACUCGAGGGAAAUGUUACAAAUGUGAUCAAUGUUCUAAAGCCUUUGCAUACCCUGGUAAUCUUCGAAUGCAUAAAAGAAUGCAUACUGAACACAAACCCUAUGAAUGUAAUCAAUGUAGUAAAUCCUUUGCUUCUUAUCAUCAACUUCGAAUACAUGAAAGAAUUCAUACUGAAGAGAAACCCUAUGAAUGUAAUCAAUGUAGUAAAACCUUUGCUUCUCAUGGUCAUCUUCGAAUACAUGAAAGAACACAUACUAGAGAGAAACCCUAUGAAUGUAAUCAAUGUAGUAAAACCUUUGCUUUUCAUGGUCAACUUCGAAUACACGAAAGAAUUCAUACUGGAGAGAAACCUUACAAAUGUGAUCAGUGUGGCAAAGCCUUUGCACAACACGGCAAUCUCAAAGUGCAUAAAAUAACAACACAUACUGAAGAGAAACCUUACAAGUGUGAUCAGUGUGGUAAAGGCUUUGCACAUCAUAGAAGGUUCCAAGUACAUAAAAGAGCACAUACUGGAGAGAAGCCCUAUGAAUGUAAGCAAUGUGGCAAAGCCUUUGUAUGUCAAAAUUAUUACCAAGUACAUAAAAGAAUACAUACU